AUGAAUGUGGAGCGUCCAGAUACGGCAAAACAUACUGAAAACUCAAAUGAAACGGACAAAACAUUAUUUCAAGAUUGGAAUACCACAUAUCAAUCGACAGCUGAAAGAAAUCAAUAUGAAAAUGAACUUCCUGAAACAGUACUACGAUCAGAUAAUGGUAGUAACAUGCGAUGUAUAUCACAAUCAUCACCAACAAGAGCAACGUCAUUAACCACCACGAAACGUCAACCAACAACUCAACCUCAGAAUCAUUCAUCGGAAUCAAAAGUUUUCGGGAUGGGUGGAACUCCCCCGCCGUUACCAUUACGACCGCCAGCAGUUCCAAAACGUACAAGAAUCAAUGGCGUUAUUACAAACAAUCAACAAGCAUCAACAACGCCAUUUUUAAAAAUACAGAUACCGACUACAUCAACGCAAUCAAUUCCAACAGUAACACAACAGAUGAAUCCACGUAUACCCCCCACACCAUUAUCACCACGUAAAUUAAUACAGCAGCAGAAAGGUCGUAACAACAAUAAUACGCUAACAAUGGUGCCACCUGUUAUUAAAUCUAGGCAAUGUACAACUGGUGUGAAUCCUGCACAAAGCAUUCAACCAACAUCUAAAACUAUUUUACCAUCUUUAUUAAAUUCAUCUACCUUGUCUACACAAACUAUUCUAUUUGGUAAUAACACCACAGAUAGUGGUGGGGGUAUUAAAAAUACCAGUAAUUAUUUAGAUAAUUUAACAACAAUUCAACAAUUACAAGAUGCAACUUCAGCGCCAUCAAAUAUAGUCACAACAACCGGCCCAUCAUCAACGAUAACAACACCCCCCGCAUCCACCACACAAAUACCAAAAUCAACCAGUAAUAGCAAAAUAUCGAUACGUCAAGAUUCGAAUGUAUCAAGUGAUAGUUUUAGCCAAACAUCCUCCCCAUCGUAUACCACGAAAACAAUGGAAACACCAUUAAUACCCCCGAAUAAUCAUCAUAGUCAAUCAAAAUCAUCUGCAACCGUGGAGGGGGUAUUGGUGAAAGCACAAGAUGGGAGCGAUAUGAAUGGUAAUGGUUCGUCGAUCACGAAGAGUGUAUCAACGCCGGCUAGUCUUCAAACAAUUGUACGAUUUCAUAAUGGUUCAAAUAUGUCGUUACAUCAUAGGAUAAUUCGAGAUAUGAGACGACCAUCUGGACCAUAUGGUAGUACGGUACGUGUAAAAUUUCGUUUUGCACAAGUUUUAAUAAAUGCAAUUGCACUAUUGGCUAUUUCUGGUGGAUUAGCUGCAUAUUUUCGAGCGUAUCCCAGCUCGAUUCAAGUGAUCACAACAAAUGUAUCUAAACAUCAGAAUCCAGAGGAACAAACUGGAAACAAUGGUGUAUCAUCCCAUAAUCCAGCACCUGGCAUAUGUCUACCAGUGAUUGUAAAUUUUUGUUUAAACCACAAAGUACCGUAUAAUUUUACGGUGUUUCCCAAUUAUAUGGGACAUUUUAGUCAACGUGAUGCCCAACAGGAACUUGAAGUUUAUGACGCAGUCGUAGAUGUGCGAUGUUACGAAUUAGCGGCAUUAUUUUUAUGUUCAGUUUUUGUACCAAAAUGUGGUACAAAUGGUCAAGUUGUUCGACCAUGUCGAAGUUUAUGUUUUGAAACGAAACGUCGAUGUGGUUUUUUUCUUGAUGUGUUUGGAUUAUCAUUACCGGAUUAUUUGGAAUGUGGUCUAUUUCCUGAAUCUACUGAUCCAGAGAUAUGCGUGGGUCAUAAAGAAGUUAAAGAAGCUAAAUUACGUGCACAAAAACCUGUAUGUACAUCAGGUUUCAAGUGCGACAUAAAACGGUGUAUACCAGGAAAUUGGCAAUGUGAUGGACACGUUGAUUGUAAAGAUCAAUCAGACGAAUUAAAUUGUAAACAGUGUGCCAAAGGUAUGAUACACUGUGGGGAUCAGCAUUGUAUGGCACAGGAACAUAUGUGUGAUGGUGUUAUCGAUUGUCCUUGGGGACAGGAUGAACUUAAUUGUUUACGACUAAGUGACGCAAAUGGUGAUGAAGGCCAUGGACAAUUGGAGGUAUUUUUACCCGAACAACAACAGUGGGUUCCAGCAUGUGUAACCAGAUGGGAUCCAAUACAUUCAGCCAACGAAGUAUGCUCAUUACUUGGAUAUACCUCAUCAAAUUGGACCGGAAAUGGUCAGAAUAUGAAUACUGAUUUUGAUAUUUCGCCACCGACACGCGAACGAGAAUCAUCCACGCGAAAAAUAUUCAAAUCGAAAACAAGUCUUGUUAAAGAAUUUCGAUCGUGUGCUGGUAAUAUGCACCAGAGUGUCAACUUAACUUGUACAGGAUUUGCAUGUGGAAAAAUUCGUAAGAAUUAUAAGCACAAAGCAACGAAAAGAAUUGUUGGCGGUAAUGAAUCAGCACCAGGUGAUUGGCCAUUUUUAGCAGCUUUAUUAGGUGGACCAGAAGAAGUAUUUUACUGUGCGGGAGUUCUCAUAGCAGAUCAAUGGAUUCUGACUGCAUCUCAUUGUGUUGGAAAUCAUUCGGACGUGUCUGGAUGGACAAUUCAAUUGGGUAUCACACGACGUCAUUCGCACACAUACUACGCUCAAAAAAUGAAAGUUCGUCGAGUUGUACCACAUCCGAUGUACAAUUUAGAAGUGGCUCAUGAUAAUGAUGUCGCUUUAUUCCAAUUGGCUUCGAAAGUAACAUUCCAUGAACAUCUUUUGCCAGUAUGUUUACCACCACCAAAUCGAGAACUAGUCCCUGGCACUAUGUGUACCGUAAUUGGAUGGGGGAAACGUGAGGAUAAAGGAAUGUCCGAAUAUGAGCCGGCUGUCAAUGAAGUUCAAGUGCCAGUAAUAAAUCGUGACCUUUGUAACGAAUGGCUAGAACAUCGUGACUUGAACGUAACCGAAGGUAUGAUUUGCGCUGGAUAUGCUGAAGGAGGCAAAGAUGCUUGUCAGGGAGAUUCUGGUGGUCCACUAUUAUGUCAAGAUGAUAACGAUCCAGAUAAAUGGUUUGUUGGUGGUAUUGUCAGUUGGGGUAUAAAAUGUGCGCAUCCACACUUACCCGGCGUAUACGCAUACGUACCACGUUACAUCCCAUGGAUCACUCAACAGAUGGCAUAUUAUUCAAAUUCAUCUAUAAAUUGA